AUGACCUGCACAGGUUGUAGCAAGAAGAUGCUGAACGUGCUGAACGCCAUACCCGGACUCUUCAAUGCGCAAGUCACGUUUGUGUCAGGCAGCGCUGAGUUCGAACUGGACACCAACGCUUCUGGCAACACGGAGAAAGUGCUCGCGCGGAUCGAAAAGGAAACUGGUUUCAAGUGCUUCCGCAUCAUCAGUGGACGCCAAGACCUCUCCGUGGUCAUGACUGCGGAGACUGCCAAUGCUUUGCAGAAUGCUUUUCCAGCUGGUUUGAAAUCCGUCGUCAAGAGCAAGAAGGAUCUCUACACCGUCACGUAUGAUCCUACCAUCAUUGGGGCCCGAUCUUUGCUGCCACCCAAUGCCAAACUUGCGCCUCCUUCCGAUGCUGCAGAAAUCGCUGGAGGUAAGCGUCGCCUGAUUGAGACAGCUUUAAGCACUGCCAUGGCUGCCAUCCUCACCAUUCCUGUCGUGGUGCUUGAGUGGUCUUCGAAUCCCAUACCCGAGCAGACAGUCUCGAUCGUCACUCUCGUACUUGGCACGUGUGUGCAGAUCAUUGCAAUACCAGAGUUCUACGUUGGCGCGCUGAAGUCCUUGAUCUACAGCCAUGUCAUAGAGAUGGACAUGCUGGUGGUUAUAAGCAUCACGGCUGCCUACGCUUAUUCUGUGGUAGCAUUUGGUUUGGAACGAGCUGGUGUCCGACUGGAACAAGAAGCCUUCUUCGAAACAAGCACCAUGCUCAUCACAUUGGUAUUGCUAGGCAGGCUGAUUGCUGCGUGGGCUCGAAUGCGUGCGGUGUCUGCCGUCUCGAUGCGAUCGCUACAGGCUGAGAGCGCCACACUCGUAUGCGACAAUGGCGGCACGACUGCCAUGGACGCACGUCUUUUGCACUCUGGCGACACCAUCGCCAUUGGGCCGCACUCGCGCGUCGUCACCGACGGCGAGAUCGUGUCUGGGGUCAGUGAGAUCGAUGAAUCCAUGAUCACCGGCGAGAGCCUGCCAGUUCCCAAGCAGCCAGGAGACAAGGUCAUCGCCGGUACCUUGAACGGCUCCGGCAGUCUCCACGUAGCCAUUAGUCGGCUUCCAGGCGAAAACAGCAUCACUGACAUCGCCACUCUGGUCGAGAAUGCGGUCGCCGCCAGACCGAAGGUACAGGAAUUGGCCGACAAAGUGGCCUCCUGGUUCAUACCAGCGGUUGUCGGCAUUGCCAUAAUUGUGUUCUGCAUCUGGAUAGCUGUGGCCCUGAAAAUCCGCAAUCGUGAUGGUGGAGGUGCUGUCGGCCUUUCAGUCACCUACGCGAUUGCUGUUCUAGCUAUAAGCUGUCCCUGCGCGCUUGGGCUAGCGGUGCCGAUGGUGCUUGUCAUCGCUGGUGGCAUUGCUGCUCGAGCCGGCGUUAUCAUCAAGGCAGCUGAUGCCAUUGAACGCAGCUACAAGAUAACCGAUGUGAUCUUCGACAAGACUGGAACCUUGACGGAAGGCGAUCUGCAUGUUGUGCUCGAAGAGACCAGCUUAGGCCAGAACUUGCAGCUGGAAGAGGCUCAAUCUCUGGCGUACGCAAUCGUCGAAGGUAACGCGCACCCGGUAUCCGUCUCCGUCGCCGCAUACCUGAAAGAGAAGAGGCCCGAUCUUUCGAAGAAGCCACUACACUCUGUGACCUCCAUCCCCGGAGCUGGAAUCGAAGCGCAAUUCGGAAACCUUACUGUGAAAGCUGGCAACCCGAGUUGGCUCGGACUGGAAAACGACCCUCAUGUCACCAAGCAUUCGACAACAGCAAUGACAAUUCUCUGCAUCACACUGGACGACAAGCUCAUCGCCAUCUUUGGGCUCAAAAGCACGCUGCGCUCUGAAGCUUGUUCAGUGCUCGCAGACCUCGCAGCGCGGGACAUCACCUGCCAUAUCGUCAGCGGCGACAAUUCUGCCGCAGUCCUAGCCGUUGCCACCCUGCUGAACGUAGCACCCUCCAACAUCUUAUCUUGCAGCUCACCCGCGCAGAAGCAACAAUACGUCCAAACCCUCCAAAGCCGUGGCAAGCAGGUCCUCUUCUUAGGAGACGGCACCAACGACGCCGUUGCUAUUGCGCAAGCAGACGUCGGCGUACAGAUGGGCUCCGCCUCGGACGUUACUGGCGCUGUCGCAGAUGUUGUCUUGCUUUCGCACAAUCUCGAAAGUUUGCUUGCGCUUCUGGAACUAUCCCGCUCGGCUGUGAGGAGGAUCGUGUUCAAUUUCGCUUGGGCGGCGAUCUACAAUGUCUUUGCGAUCCUGCUGGCGUCUGGUGCAUUUGUCAAGUUCCGCAUCCCGCCUGCGUAUGCUGGACUGGGUGAAAUUGUCAGCGUAUUGCCGGUCAUUAUCGCUGCUGCCACGCUCGCCGUUGGCAGGAAGAAGACGUGA